GCAGAUUACGCACUACUCUAUCAACUUCUGAUUUGUUGUUCUUCCGUUACACGCUUGGUGAAAAAUAAUUGAAGAGCAUGGCCAUGGCGCGUUCUAUGAAAGUCAGGGCUUCCGGCUAGGAGUUAUCUAGGUGUAAAUGUGGAAAGAUCACAGUGAGCGUGAUCUCUGUUGCGCUUGGAUCUAAGUUACGAACGGUUACUUGUUUUCCAAAGACACCCAAAACCGAUUUCUUUACUUGACUCCCUUGAGAUCUGAGUUGCUGUGUCAGGUUGAUAUGGCUCAAGAAACUGCUGUCACUAAUGUGAGAUUUGAACAUUGGCUGAAAAAAGCUGUUGAGUGGGGUCAGGUCACCACAGCAGAAUCUCAACAAGAUGUCUGCCUCCAUCUGCCAGAGUUACAAGCAUUCCUUCUACAGAUUUAUGAAGUCUUGCAAAAUAUGAAUACUACAGCUGUGAUUCAGAGCUUUCCUCUAAUUGGUCAAUUGCUGGGAAGACUGUGCUGGAAUCCAUUUGUUGUAGCUCAUGAUAAAAGCCAGAAGAUUUUACUGCAGAGUUUAUGUUGUUUGUACAGCAAAGAACCACAAAAUGCAGUGGAAUUCAAGGCAAACGACUGGAUACGGGGCUUGUUAUGCCAUUUGAUCUCUUUGUCUGAUAUGGAAGAUAUUGGAGUCCAUCCAUCAGUUUCUACUCUGACCACCACACCUGUGGAUUACCUUUCAAGUCUGGUGACAAAUAUGGUUUCCUCAUUAGUGGGAGAACUUCAAGGAGGUGUCCAUGAAAGCAACAUGCCACUGAGAGUUUCAUCUGAACAUCUGAACCGCCUUUCUGUUUUUUGUGUGCCUUUGGUUUCAAUUCCUGAAGUGGUACCAUUGAUUGAAGUCAUUCUUAACUGCCAUGAAUCAGGAUAUGAAGAAUGCCUUCAUGUUGCCUUUUUGGAAUCUGUCAAUAAUGCAAUACUACAACGAAGAAUAUCAUUAUCUGAAAAGGCUGUGACAAGCCUUUGGUUGCGCCAUCUCCCAAGUCUAGAAAAAGCAACAUUGCACCUCAUUGAAAAACUUCUCACUUGUGAGACUAUGCAGAUGAAAGAAGUAAUGAAGAAUUCAUUUCUGCCUCAAGCUUCAGUCCAUCACCCAGCGAUCUUUUUAGUCAUUGACAACAUUUUCAGGAAAAUGUUGCUGGACACAGAUGGAAACGUCAAAGCACUGACUGCUGUUCAGGUAUUCACACGACAUUUUAUUCAGAUAUAUCAACAGAAUACACAACAGCACCAAAUUCCACUGAAGACCUACUUUCCCCAUGUUCACCAGUCACUUGUCAUGGUACUGGCCAAACAGCCUUCAGAUAUACCACCUAAAGCAUGGCCUCAUCACUUAAAAUACAUUGCGGAUAUGCUAAAGACAAUGACUGAAGAGGGGAAUUUAUGGUCUAAUGGAGGACUUCUUGAGAACUGGUUUUUCUUAGCCCACUUUGGAGACUGGUUGCAUAUUGCUGCAUACCAGCUGUUAACAUCAGAAAACAAAAUAUCAGAUGCCCUACUGUGGUUGUUGGCCUUUUAUCAUCAUCCAAAUACUGGAUUUCAACACAGAAUGCAAGAAAUGGCAGAAUUAAGGUGUGUUGUUGGUCAUCUGAAGGAACUCUUGAGUCAAACUCCAUCUAAAGCAGACUUGCAGGCUGCCUUAGACAGCAGUAAAGCCAUUAUACAGCAUUUCUGCCUGAAAAAUGUUAUCAAUCAGCUCUUUGUAAGCUUCCUUAUUUUUUCAUCCAGAGGGCACAAACUAGCACACCAGUUUUUUGCAUGUAUGGACUUAACUUGGGAUGCCAAACAUAUCUCUGCCCUGCUUACAAAUGCAGAAUAUUGGAUGAACUUACCUGGAUUUCAGAACCAAGAAGCUCAAAGAACUGUGGAAGUAUUGCAAGAACUAUUUCAAGGAAGAUAGACAGUGACUGAGAACUUUUGACAACCAUAAAAUGAUGUAAUAUUCUAUCAAAUUUAGAAAAGUUUGGAGGCGGUACUGUGCAUUAUUUACCGUCACUAUAAACUAAAUGAUACUAAACUUAAGAGGCAGAGCAUGUACUAACAUAUUUCAGUGUAUUUGCAAUGUGUGUAUUUAUUUACAUUUGUAUGUGUAGGCCAAAUGAGUAGCAGAAUGUCUUUACACAUGAUGUUUCUGUCACAUAGCAGACUCCCUUUGCAUACAUACAGUUAAAAUGUGCUGAAGCAAAGAGUAGUCAUAGAAUGUAUUUUUCUGCACUGUGUACAAGUCAAGAAGUCAAGUCAGUUUCACAUUUUAUGGUGUUUGGAAAAUUUUUAUAUCUGAUAUGUGAUAGUCUGCAGAAUAGGGACUA